AUGUUCAAAAAGUGGACCAAGGAAGAGGUUGGAAGUAUCACCAAAUUGAAGAGCUCCGUUGAGCGAGGUGUUAGAAAAGCUAUUGAAGAACAAUAUCCAAUGCUCGGAGCUAGUAUUGAAGAUAUCAUUCCAAAGAAAGUUCCUCUUGUGGUUGCAAAAUGUCCUGGACAAGUUAAGAUUUAUAUUUCAAAUAAUGAGGCAAAGUUUUUCACCAUUCAUGACGGUCCAUUCUAUCCUCAUCUUAAAGUAUUACAUCAAUAUCCACAAAUGUUGCCUCAACUUCAAGUCGAUAGAGGAGCUGUGAAAUUUAUUUUGAGUGGAGCAAACAUCAUGUGUCGUGGAUUGACAUCACCAGGAGCUAAAUUGGACAUGUCUGUGGAAAAAGAUCAAAUUGUUGCAAUAAUGGUUGAGGGCAAAGAGGAUGCUAUUGGAGUUGGUUUUACUAAAAUGUCUGCAAAAGAAAUUAAGGAGCUCAACACUGGAAUUGGCGUUGAUAAUAUUCAUUGUUUGGAUGAUUUCCUGUGGCAUCAUGUAUUCAAUUAG